AUGGCACUCCCAGCCCGGCUGAUGUUGAGUCCCCUUCCAGAAGAACUAGAGUUCAUCGCCCUGCAACAAACGGACAUCCUCGUCCGUCCCCAUUUCACAAUGGGCAAAAUCCGUCUUCUAUCCGGUUCUUAUGGCCCCUUCCGCGCAACAGCAAACAUUGAGCUACCCCUCUGGGUCGGCAAGUACCUCAAACAACAGGGCAAAUGCGCGCUCGUCCCUCCAUCAUGGCUGAACCCCGACUGGCUAGAAGAGAAACUAAAGCAGGAGAUGUCCAAACCGGAGGAGUUCGCUCCUCUUCCCUUCCGGUACGCGGAGAUUGCUAAGGUCUUCCUGGAUAUAGCGCCGGAGGACGUCCCUUCCCCCGAACGGGUCCGAUCGCUCCUGAAAGACAUCAGAGAAGUCCGGCAAGCAAAGACAAGAAAAGGUCUUGCCUUGGUGGACGAGACCGAACUUCGAAUGACAGGCCUAGGGUCGAUGGAGAUUAACGAACUGAGGCCGUUUUUGAUUCGCGCUAUGGGGGUGAUGCGUGUAUUAGCGAGCGUGCCUGAAGUCCCUGGCACGCAGGAUAAUUCCUUCGCAGCGGGUGAAAGUGGGAGUAGGAUGGAAGAGGACUGGUAG